CGGCCGGAGCGGGAGCAAAAGCGGAGCCCGGGCCAAAGCGGGCGGAAUGGAGCCCCCGCGCGUGCCCGCGCUGCGCCGCCUGCUCCCGCCGCUGCUGCUCCUGCUGCUGUCACUGCCCCCCCGUGCCCGGGCCAAGUACGUGCGGGGCAACCUCAGCUCCAAGGAGGACUGGGUGUUCCUGACAAGAUUUUGUUUCCUCUCGGAUUAUGGCCGACUGGACUUUCGUUUCCGCUACCCUGAGGCCAAGUGCUGUCAGAACAUCCUCCUCUAUUUUGAUGACCCAUCCCAGUGGCCAGCCGUGUAUAAGGCAAGGGACAAGGACUGCCUGGCCAAGGAGUCAGUGAUCAGACCAGAGAACAACCAGGUCAUCAACCUCACAACCCAGUAUGCCUGGUCAGGCUGUCAGGUGGUGUCAGAGGAAGGAAUCCGCUACCUGAGCUGCUCCAGUGGCCGCAGCUUCCGUUCAGGAGAUGGACUGCAGCUGGAGUAUGAGAUGGUCCUCACCAAUGGCAAGUCCUUCUGGACACGACACUUCUCGGCUGAUGAGUUUGGGAUCCUGGAGACGGAUGUGACCUUCCUCCUUAUCUUCAUCCUUAUCUUCUUUCUCUCCUGUUACUUUGGAUAUUUGCUGAAAGGUCGUCAGUUGCUCCACACAACUUAUAAAAUGUUCAUGGCUGCAGCAGGAGUGGAGGUCCUGAGCCUCCUGUUUUUCUGUAUCUACUGGGGCCAGUAUGCCACUGAUGGUAUUGGCAACGAGAGUGUGAAGAUCUUGGCCAAGCUGCUCUUUUCCUCCAGCUUCCUCAUCUUCCUGCUGAUGCUCAUCCUUCUGGGGAAGGGAUUCACGGUGACACGAGGCCGCAUCAGCCACUCAGGCUCAGUGAAGUUGUCUGUCUACAUGACCCUGUACACGCUUACCCACGUGGUGCUGCUCAUUUAUGAGGCAGAAUUCUUUGACCCGGGCCAGGUACUGUACACAUAUGAGUCACCAGCCGGCUAUGGGCUCAUCGGGCUGCAGGUGGCAGCCUACGUGUGGUUUUGCUACGCGGUGCUCGUCUCCCUGCGCCACUUUCCUGAGAAGCAGCCCUUUUAUGUGCCCUUCUUUGCUGCCUACACGCUCUGGUUCUUUGCAGUUCCAGUCAUGGCUCUGAUUGCCAAUUUUGGGAUCCCUAAGUGGGCCCGAGAGAAGAUUGUCAAUGGCAUCCAGCUGGGGAUCCACUUGUAUGCCCACGGCGUGUUUCUGAUCAUGACUCGUCCAUCAGCGGCCAACAAGAACUUCCCGUACCACGUGCGCACGUCGCAGAUCGCAUCAGCUGGGGCACCAGGACCCGGAGGAAGCCAGUCGGGAGACAAGGCCUUCCCGCAGCACGUCUAUGGGAAUGUGACGUUCAUCAGCGAUUCAGUGCCCAACUUCACGGAGCUCUUCUCCAUACCCCCGCCCGCCUCCUCCCCCCUGCCCCGAGCAGCGCCGGAUUCUGGGCUCCCGCUGUUCCGUGACCUCCGGCCCCCCGGCUCCCUCCGAGACCUCUGACCCCGCUGGACUUCGGAAUACCCGUGAUGACUGCCGGGACCCCGCCAGUGACUCUCCAGGACUCCGCGACCUCAAGCUAGGGCUCCCAGGAUGGAUAUUGUGCUGCUGGUCUUAACCCCGAAACUCUCCCUCGGAUCUGUGACCUCGGACCCUCUUUCCACCCCAUCUCCAUUCUGGGGGCCCUCCCUCAGAUCCCUGGCAGAAAGAGGUUCCCCCCCUUCUUGCCAAAAUAAAGAGGAUUCGUUGAGUUUUUAUCUAU